GCACGAAGAGCGCUCAGUUCGAAUUCAAAAAUCGAGAAGCAAGCAAGUCCGAGUUACUUGGCGUUAAAAGCAAAACUUGAAAAAGAAAAUUAUAAAAAGAAAAGGGAUAAAAUUUCUUUGCAAGUCAGAAAAGUUCAUUCAACUUAACCUAAAAAAAGAAUACACUUUUAACUUGAUCGAAAAUCUAACCUACAAGUAAAAGAUGGCGCUAUCUACUCUUCUUUCACUGGUGGACGAACUCCAGGAGCCCCGCAACUCCGUCUACGAGUUUGGAUUGGGAAUGAAUCCGUAUUCCCGCUACCUGCAGCCACAUGGCAACCAACAACGCCGUUCGAUCAACGGCUGUCCUUGCGCUUCGCCCAUUUGCCCUUCGUCGCCAGCCGGCCAGGUGUUGGCCCUUCGUCGCGAGAUGUCCAACCACAAUGAUAUCCAUUGGCCAGCCACUGCCCAGGUGGGCAAGGAUGGAUUCCAGGUGUGCAUGGACGUUGCCCAGUUCAAACCAAGUGAACUCAACGUCAAGGUGGUAGACGACUCCAUUUUGGUAGAGGGCAAGCACGAGGAGCGUCAGGAUGACCAUGGCCAUAUCAUGCGACACUUCGUACGUCGUUAUAAGGUUCCUGAGGGAUACAAGCCAGAGCAGGUUGUCUCCCAGCUCUCCUCGGAUGGCGUGCUUACUGUCAGCAUUCCCAAGCCACAGGCCAUCGAGGAUAAGUCCAAGGAACGCAUCAUCCAGAUCCAGCAAGUGGGUCCCGCUCAUCUCAACGUCAAGUCGAAUGACAGCGAACCGAAGGGCAAGGAAAACGGAGCCACCAACGGCAAAGACAAGUAGAGGAGUCUUUCUCAGGAUCAAAGCUUUAUUGUAUCCCCAAAACCAUCGAGAAGAUCAACUCUAUAGUGUACUCCAAAAAUCAUCCAUCAUUCCCUCACAUAUCUGUUCCUUAUUUAUUGCAUUUCUAACGAGCUAAAGACUUGAAGAAUAACUUAUUAAACAAUUUGUUCACCUGGUGUGGAAAAUGUAAA